AGAGAGAGAGAGAGAGAGAGAGAGAGACACACAUAGAAGAGUGAUAGCAGCAGUCAGAGCUUCUGAAUGUGAACAGAACCUAGAUGGAAGAAGAGGAAGAUUCCUCCUGCCAGUCUGCUGGAUCAUUCUCUCCCACUGAGCUGAGCGCUGGAUGUUCUGACUGCAGUUUGACCCGUUCAGCUCUACACUUGACUACCCAGGGAAAGGAAGAAACCAGACCGACUGUGCUGUAUGGAUGAAUCACCUGUUUCUUCUUAUUAAGGCAAUUUCUCAGGCAUCGCUGGAGAUGCCCUUUUAAGUGCAUUGAGCUGGAGACAGAGAGCUGAGAACAGAAGGCACAGACAGAGACAUCCAACUGAGAAGAGCCCCUCUUCAAUUCACCCACCCACCCACCCACCCUGAACUGCACAACCACAGUCUGUACAUCAGAACAUUCUUCUCACCCCUCCGUCUCUUUCUCUCUCUCUCUCUCUCUCUCUCUCUCUCUCUCUCUCUCUCUGCCUUUCUGCACAACGUUAUUACGGUCUAUUUACUGAGGGUGAAAAGGGGGAUUCUACCACCCAACAAUCCUCGCCAUGGGAGAUAAAGGCACAAGGGUAUUCAAAAAAGCAAGUCCCAAUGGAAAGCUCACAGUGUACCUGGGGAAGAGGGACUUUGUGGACCACGUUGACAUGGUGGAACCCCUAGACGGCGUGGUGUUGAUAGAUCCAGAGUACCUGAAAGAGAGAAAAGUCUUUGUGACGUUGACAUGCGCCUUCCGUUAUGGCCGUGAGGACUUGGAUGUUCUGGGCUUGACGUUUCGGAAGGACCUCUUCGUGGCCAACAUCCAGGCCUUCCCUCCAGUGCCUGAAGAUAAAAAGAGCUUAACUCGCCUUCAAGAACGCCUGAUCAAAAAGCUUGGGGAACAUGCUCACCCUUUCACCUUCGAGAUUCCACUGAAUUUACCAUGCUCAGUCACCCUGCAGCCUGGACCGGAGGACACAGGGAAGGCCUGCGGGGUUGACUUUGAAGUCAAAGCUUUCUGCUCAGAGAACGUCCAAGACAAAAUACAUAAAAGGAACUCAGUACGCCUGGUAAUCCGUAAGGUCCAGUACGCCCCAGAGAAGCCUGGCCCUCAGCCCAUGGCUGAGACCACCAGACAGUUCCUGAUGUCUGACAAACCACUACACCUCGAGGCCUCACUGGACAAAGAGAUCUACUACCACGGGGAGCCUAUCAGUGUCAACGUUCACGUCACAAACAACACCAACAAGACAGUGAAGAAAAUGAAGAUUUCAGUGCGUCAGUAUGCAGACAUCUGCCUAUUCAACACAGCACAGUACAAAUGCCCGGUCGCAACAGAGGAGACAGAUGACGUGGUGGCUCCAAGUUCAACGUUUUGUAAAGUCUACACCCUCACCCCCUUCCUCAACAACAACCGGGAGAAACGUGGUCUGGCGUUGGACGGGAAACUGAAGCACGAGGACACAAACCUGGCUUCUAGUACAUUGUUAAGAGAGGGAGCCAACAAGGAGAUCCUGGGUAUCAUCGUAUCCUACAAAGUCAAAGUGAAGCUUGUUGUGUCUCGAGGCGGACUCUUAGGAGAUCUUGCAACAAGUUUCAUUUUAUUUUCCAGUGAUGUCCAUGUUGAGCUCCCCUUUACGCUAAUGCAUCCCAAACCAAUCGAAGAUGCAAUCUACAGAGAUGCUGCAGACGAGGAGCCAAUAGACACAAACUUGAUAGAAUUUGACACAAACGAUGAUGACAUCAUCUUUGAGGACUUUGCGCGGCAGCGGCUGAUCGGAGCAAAAGACGAUGAGGAUGAGGAGGGUACAGACUCUCCCAAGCUGAACCACAGAUAGAGGAUGAAGAUGCUGUGUUGUUCCUGUGUUGUGGUACAGAGGAGCUACUGUAACCGGAGGGAGAGAGAGAGAGAGAGAGAGAGAGAGAGAGCGAGAGAGGCCCUUUAGAGUCCAGGGAGACCCUUUAAACACACACACAGUGGUGCCGUUGUCCUGUUCUUGUUCACAUUCGUCUUCUCCGUACAGCAAAGAUGUUAGAGAGAAAAAGUGUAGAGGAAAUGCAGCCUAGGCAUGGCGUGGUCUGAGGAUGGAGGAGAAGGAGGAGGUCUUGUUAAAAGCAGCACAAAGUUGUGAUAAAUACACUCCAGUAGUAGCAUACAUUUAAUGACUUUGUUAUACAUGGUAUCAUUAGGACUGAACAGGCACAUUAAAUGACUUUUGUUAUACAUGGUAUCAUUAGGACUGAACAGGCACAUUAAAUGACUUUUGUUAUACAUGGUAUCAUUAGGACUGAACAGGCAUAUUAAAUGACUUUUGUUAUACAUGGUAUCAUUAGGAUUGAACAGUCAUCUUUGUAUUGAAAUUAUAUUUAAUGUAACUGUAGAAUUACUACAGUUCUGGCCUUCAUAUGUAAGGAAAACUGGAAUUUGCUACAAACGACUACAACUACUGCCUAAACCAAUGACUUGAUAACAGUAAUGCACAGAGCAGGACAGUCCACUGCCUCACCCCAAGAGCAGGACAGUCCACUGCCUCACCCCCAAGAGCAGGACAGUCCACUGCCUCACCCCAAGAGCAGGACAGUCCACUGCCUCACCCCCAAGAGCAGGACAGUCCACUGUAUCACCCCCAAGAGCAGGACAUUCACACAACAACAAAUUACUGUCAUAAAAGUAUUCAUUUUCUAUUUGUCUUUACUGUAAACCCCCCACUCCCCCCACACUAACUAUUCUAUCAGGAAGAUCAGAUGGAUUCUUACCAGACAGUGCAAUGCAGAUAAUUUAUCUCUUUAUAUGAAUGAGUGGCCUUGUUCUUUUGCAUGAAACAUGCCAGUACUUUCUGUGUUUUAUGUGACACUUUUUUUCAUAAUUCGUACCAGGUAGCCUAGCGGUUAGAGCGUUGGGCCAGUAACCUGCUGGUCUCUAAACCAGGGCA